GGCUCCACCCCGCGCGCGGCGCGUCGCGAGCCCCCCGGCUGAGGGGACUGAGGGGGGCGGCGGUCGCCAUGUCGGGCCCAGCGGCGGAGCCCGGCGGCCCUGCCGGGAAGCGCCCGGAGACUUUGGACCUGCUGGAACGUUGCGGCGUUUGCCGAGAGCGCCUGAAAGCCGAGAGGGAACCCCGGCUGCUGCUCUGCCUCCAUUCGUUCUGCCGGGAAUGUCUGAGGCCUGCGCCGGGCCCGGCCGCCGCCCCCGCUCCGGAUGCGUCAGUUGUCAGCUGUCCCGUCUGCAAACACCAGUGUGACCUGAAGGACGUCAUGGAGAACUACUUCUUGAAGGACAGCAAGACCCAAGAUGCUGCCGCCAGCCAGGAAUCCACUCAGUGCUGCACCAGCUGCGAGGACAACGCGCCGGCCACCAGCUACUGCGUGGAGUGCUCGGAGCCCCUCUGCGAGACCUGCGUGGAGGCCCACCAGCGGGUCAAGUACACCAAGGACCACACCGUCCGGGCCACAGGCGGUGCCAAGGCCAAGGAGAAGGAGCGCCCCGUGUACUGCUCCGUGCACAAGCAGGAGCCGCUGGUGCUCUUCUGCAACACGUGCGACACACUCACCUGCCGGGACUGCCAGCUCAACGUGCACAAGGACCACCAGUACCAGUUCCUGGAGGACGCGGUGAGGAACCAACGCAAGACGUUGGCCAACCUGGUGAAGCGCCUGGGGGACAAACACGCCAACCUCCAGCGCUCCACCAAGGAAGUGCGCAGCUGCAUCCGGCAGGUGUCGGAUGUGCAGAAGAGGGUGCAGGUGGACGUGAAGAUGGCCAUCCUCCAGAUCAUGAGGGAGCUCAACAAACGCGGCAAGAUGCUGGUGAAUGACGCCCAGAAGGUGACAGUGAGGCAGCAGGAGAAGCUGGAGCGGCAGCACUGGGCCAUGACCCAGCUCCAGCGGCACCAGGAGCACAUCCUGCGCUUCGCCUCCUGGGCUCUGGAGAGCGACAACAGCACCGCUCUGCUGCUCUCCAAGAAGCUGAUCUCCUACCAGCUCCACCGUGCCCUCAAGAUGAUCGUGGACCCCGUGGACCCUCAGGGCGAUGUCAAAUUCCAGUGGGACCCCAACACUUGGACCAAGAGCGUCGAGACCUUUGGCACCAUCAUCUCCGAGCCCAGCCUCCCCCCGCCGGCCCUGAGCCCCCAGCCGCCGGCCGCUAGCCCCCGGGACCCCAGCCCCACCACUAGUCCCUCGCAGGCCCCCCUGCCAGCCGUGGUGGUGAACAAAGGCCAACACGCUCCCGGUCCCCUCCUGCUGUCCCCUCUGGGCCACCAGAUGGGAGCUGAGGAGGGACAGAGGACCCCCGGCGUCCCCCAGAGCGAUGCGGGGGAGCAGAGGACGCCCACCCUGCCUCAGCUACCCCUGGGGACCGAGGGACAGGGCUGUCCUGACCUGUCCCCUCCACACCUUCACCCCCAGGUGGCCGAGAGCCCCAGGGACACGGCUGCGGAGCUUGCAGCCAAUGGCCCCCCCGAAGCUGCUGUCACCGGAGCGAAGAGGAAAAAGCACCUUCAUCCUCCUGAGGAGGAGAAGUUAGUUAAGAAGCUGCUCGUUAAACGGAGCCGGCCCCCCAGUGGCCCCGUCAGCCCCCUCCUCCGCAAGGUGCCCCGCGUGAGCCUGGAGCGCUUGGACCUGGAUCUCUCGGGGGCGUCGCAGCCCCCCGUCUUCCGGGUCUUCCCCGGCUCCUCCGCCGAGGACUUCAGCCUCAUCAUCAUCGAGCGGGGGGCGCAGCCGACCCCCCCCGUCCCUUCCCUUGCCCCCCCCCCCCCCAAACCUUCCUCCGUCUGUCCCUCCCUCUCACCCCCCUCUCCCCUCCGGCAGGAGGAGCAGCAGGAGGCGGCCAUCGGGGACACCCAGGACACCAAACCCGUGGGGCUGAUCCCGGAGCACCCUGGGGUGCUGGCACCCACCGGAUCCUCGGGGGGGAUUCAGGGAUCCUCCCAACUCCCCAGUGUCUCCUCUUGCCGCGUCUGCUGCCGGGCCGGGGCCGUGGUGAUGUGUGAUUGUUGUGAGCGCUGCUACCACCUCAGCUGUCACCUCCCUGCCCUCCAGGAGGUCCCCAGCCCGGAAUGGCGCUGUCUCCUGUGCCAGGACCUUCCCCCCCCCAGCGACGAUCCCCCCAACGGCUUCAAGGAGGGAGAUCCCCAAAAGCUCUGCCCCACGGAUCAGCGGGUACGU